UAAAUUAGAUUUUCCUUCCAUAUUUAUUCAGUUUUAGAAUAACAUUUUAUAGCUAUGCUUAAAAUAACCACACGAAUACCUAAGCUAAGCUAUAAAGUCCAUGGUUGAACUUUUAGACCGUUUUACGGACUGCUAAAGUACCUUCUGUAGAUACUUAAAUAAAGUUUCUAAUCCUUCUGAUACUGAUCUACAUCAUUUAUUGAGCCUUUCAGAACCUGUAAUAUUCAAUUUCGCCUACUUUCUAGUCUGUAGAAACUAGUUAAAUUCGAAUCCAACCGACUGCACUUUAUUCUGUACACAGUGUGCUAAGAACUGAAUACUACCUAAUAGGAAAAGUUUUAACUCUAAAACCGCAAUUUCCAAGCAAAGACAUUCAUACUGUAACAGUGGAAAACAUGAAUGAUUGAAAUUUGUGCAUAGAGAUGCCUUGAUCUUGCCAUGAUCUUUGAGGGACUUUGCGGGAAUUGCAGAUUUUAGGGGAUAGAAUGGCGAACAUUAUUAAAAUAUUGAUUUUAAUAUGAGAUCCACAAUUCAUUAGGCAAAUCAGCAAGAAGCUUACCCCCACAAAACGUUCGGUUAAUAACUAUGUUGUGUCCAUGUGCAAUUCUAUGCUGUCAGUAGCACCUGUGCGUAAAAGUCGUAGCUGUUAAAGUAAUGAAAGAAUAAAAGAAAAAAUAACAAAAACAAAACAAAAAAUGAGCAAAACAAAAGGAAAACAGAACAUCAAAUAAUAACAACAAUAAUAUCUGAGAAAAGUAGCAGCCGAGAAAAGAGAAAACUAGAAAUCUAAAGCUAUUGGGCUGUGAUGAAUAGAUGCCGCGAGCAGUGGAGCAUGGACUUCAUGAGCUUUUUGGUCAACGCACAGCGGCUGACCCAGUGGCUGCACGGCUGCACUUACAGCGCCCCACCGGCGGUCCGGAGCUAAUGUAUAUCGCCCUCUCACACGAGAGCUGCGAUCUGGACUCGGUGGUUAGUACGUUGGCCAUUGCAUAUUUGCGGUAUCGCAAUCCUGGUACACUGCAGCAUAACUAUAUGCCCGUAUUAAAUAUGCUGCGACGCGAUUAUCCCAGCAAGUCGGAGGUGCGCUUUCUGCUUGACAAGCAGCACAUCAAGCCCGAUAGGCACCUGGUCUUUCGCGAUGAUGUUCCCGAGGAGCUGCUGUUGCGCAGUCGCUUCAUUUUGGUCAAUCAUCAUGUCAGCCCCUUCCACUAUUGCACCGAGGAGGUCUACGACUAUCGGCCCUAUCAAUGCGAGGCCGCCCGUCUGCCGAUCUACUGCCAGCGCAUCAUGCACCCGAUGCGCUCCUGUGCCGCCCUAAUAACUGAACGCUACGACAGCCCCAUCUAUAACUAUGCGAAUGUGCGCUGUUUGCGCGUCUUUGAGCUGCUCCAUGCUGCACUCCUCCUGCAAAACAGCAACUAUGCGCAGUACACGCCGGAGCAGCUGCCCAAUGUGCGCGACUAUCAGCUUUUGGUCUAUCUGGAGAAGCAUCUGGGACAGCUGGAUACACCGCAGCGCACCAUUCUAUAUGAUACGCUGGUCAGUGCGAUGUUCGAUCUAAAUGAGCUGACGUUGCCGCAGAUUCUGCGGCGCGAGUUCAAGCUGCUGCGCGCCAAUAAUGGCAGCCAUUUAGUACGCAUUGCCCAGUGCUGCUUCCCGAUGGCAGUAACACGUUUCAUAUCAUUCGAGUUUGCUCAGCUGGCAAUCCAACAGUUUGCCGCAGAGCACAGCUGCGACUUUAUAAUGCUGCUGGGCACCAGCAUGCAACCCAAGGGCGGACUGGUCAUCAAAGAGCUCGGUCUCAUACCGCUCGACUCACUGAGGGACGUGGAGGAUAGACGCUUAUUUGAUCACAUGAUUAUUAAUCUUAGUGCAGCCGUAGAGCCGUUGCUUGCACUAGAGCCUUAUCGUGGACUCAACUUCAUGCAGGGCGCCUUCUUUUUUAUUAAUGUCUGGAACGUUCAGUUCUACGAUAUGCUGUACCUUAUGCAGCGCGUCAUCUACAACUGGGUAUCUGAGGACAAAUUCUCGCCAACCUAAGCCUUUAUACUCUCUACAUUUAUUUCGAAUAAAGCCUAACAAAAUUUCACAUGCCCCUCGUCCCAGCCCCUUUCAGUUCUCCACUGUCUCAUAUGCUCAAGUUGGCCCACCCAAUCCAUCAACACUCGUCUCGGUGGGACCCACUUUCCGAUUCCUUGGCAAGCCAAACUGAAAACAGAUUUAAAAAGCUAUGCAUAAGCGACUUGACUCAUGCCCUACGCUUCAAUUUAAUUAAAAAAUAUUCAAAUCUAUUUCAUCAAAAACUUUCAGUAACAAUUCUAUUUAGCUUCGAGAAAUAUCCCUUGUAGGCAAACCAUCCAAAUAUAAGUGACUUUAUUAUUAUUAUUUUAAUACAUUAACUAGAAAAAAAUUAAGUUCUUAGUUUGGACACCAGGCUAGAUCUUAGGCGCUGUGAUAUCUCUUAUUUUUAUACCUUAAAGACACAAGAAAAAAUUAACUGAUAAUAUCUACUUUUUUACUGUUUUCGCAAUAAUGCUUAUUAUAUAUGGAAAAUAUAGAUAAAACCUUGGAAUUUUGUAAUGUAUAUGACCAGUUAAAAGCACAUUUCAUUAAUCCAAUUAAAAUCAAAUUCAAAA